UUGUAUAAUAUUGAAGACGCCCCUGUGCCUGGCUGAUCCUGAAAAUCCUCCCAGCUCAGACACCAAUCUCGCCCACGAUGCGCCAAUCCGCUUCCCCCGCGCUCCUCCUCGUCCUUGGCGGCGCCAACAUCGCCGAGGCCGGCUUCUUCGGCUGGGGCGGCUUCGGCACCACCAGCGGCCUCGAUCCUCUCGAUGCCAGUACUCACGCAUGGCAGCGAGCCGUGGCGGCAUCCAAUGCCUCGGCUGUAUACUCGCUGCCCGGCCGAGACAUCACGAAGCCGUACCCUGGGUCGCCGAUGGACGGCUGGAAGCUCAACAUCACUGCUGUUGAUCUGAGCCCCAUCGAGAUGGGCUGGGACCUGCGUAUUAUGGCCCCCGAGUCUCUCUACACGACGGUCGAUCCAGAGACAAACGCCAAUGCGACAGAGAGGGACGUGCUACGCAAGGCUGGCGGCAAGGUGAUCCAAAACGUCGAUGAGUCGUGGACAUUGUGCCACUUUGUAUCCUGGGGCGCCCAGAGCUAUGAGCAGCCUGACAAGGCGCCGAAGAAUAUAUCAACAAAGCCCGACGGCGACUGUAGUCCAUGGAUGUCGGAUGCUUGUAUCAAGGCGCUAGAAAAGGCAGCGGCUACUGCUGAUAGAAUGCCUGCUAGGAUCACGCGCGACCUUCCUGUGAACCCUCGCACAGCGUGUUCCCCUCCGUAUGACAUCCCCAAAGAGUGCGAUGGCGUGGAUCUUGAUUUUGACCGAUACAUUGCCACGCCGGAGCUGCCCAUUCGCUAUCUCACUGGUAGCACUACCCAUCAGAAUGGUUACGAGAUGAAGGUGAACGACGAGAUACACAAGGACAUGAACGAGACGGUUCUGCCCGCAAACCGAUCUGAGCUGAUUUGGAAGUCACUGACGUCCGACUUUACCGCCGUCCUUACCGUCUUUGCCAAGUAUACCGGUAACUCGACCAAGGACCAAGAGCCGGGUUUUGCACAUGUCAGUUGUAUCCGACCUGAGCUUAGCGGUGCGCACUCCAAGGCUGGUGUUUCAAACGGUAAGGGUGAUUCGAAGAGUGGUGCCAUGACGGAAGCUGUACACAUCGCCGCUAUUACCUUGGCUGUGGGUGCAUUUAUUCUGGCUCUGUAG